GGAUGGUCUGCUUAAAAGCCUUAAAUCUUCAUCGGCGUCUCUAAGCUGUAAGAAAAGCCAUGGAUAUAAUACACAGCUUCCUGAACCUAGUGGCGCCACCCUUUACCUUUGUCGCUCUCUUCCUCUUGUUACCACCAUUUCACUUCUUUAAGUUCUUCCUCUCCACCUUCUGGUCUAUACUAAGUGAAAACGUCACCGGAAAGGUUGUCAUCGUCACCGGCGCUUCCUCCGGCAUCGGGGAGCAUGUGGCGUAUGAAUACGCUAAGAGAGGAGCUUGCUUAGUUCUUGCUUCAACAAGGGAAAACAGGCUCCAAGAAGUUGGGGGAGCGCGUGCGCUGGGCGCCCCUGAUGUCCGUGUGGUUCCUGCCGAUGUUUCAAAGCUGGAGGACUGUAAGCGGAUUGUUGAUGAAGCUGCUAAUCACUUUGGGCGAGUGGAUCAUCUAGUAAAUAACGCUGGGAUCCAGUCAGCCAGCACGCUUGAAGAAGCCACAGAUAUCACUAAUUUCAGACCAGUUAUGGAUGUGAACUUCUGGGGUUCAGUUUACACCACCCGUUUUGCAAUUCCACACCUCAGAAACAGCCACGGCAAGAUCAUUGGCAUGGCUUCUUCUGCUGCAUGGCUGCCCAUGCCACGAAUGAGCAUCUACAAUGCCAGCAAAGCAGCAUUAAUAAGCUUCUACGACACAUUGAGGAUUGAACUCGGGUCCGACAUCGGAGGAAUAACAGUUGUGACUCCUGGGUUUAUAGAAUCUGAAAUGACUCAAGGAGAAUUCCUAAAGAAUGAAGACCAAAUAGAAGUGGAUCAAGACAUGAGAGAUGCUCAAGUGAGCAUAAUCCCAGUUGGCAGGGCAGAAGCAUGUGCCAAGGCAAUUGUAAAGAGCGCUUGCAGGGGAGAGAAAUACCUGACGGAGCCAUCGUGGUUCAGGGUCACCUACUUGUGGAAGGUGUUGUGCCCUGAGGUGAUCGAGUGGUGUUUCCGGUUGUUCUAUCUUGCUAGGCCAGGGGAAUCGGAAACACUCAGCAAGAAGAUCCUGGACAUCUCUGGGGCUCGUGGGUUUCUGUAUCCAACCACAAUCCAAACAACUGAUGUCAAAGCAGAUUAAGAUGAAGCCCCAGGAAUGAAUGUGUCGUGUGUGAUGCGUUACGUUUCAUGUAGUUUGUAGAAAGUCUUGUGGUUAUGUGUUCAUAGUCGCCUGAUAGUAGGAGAUGGUGGUUGGUCUAUAUCAAAUAUUGUACAUAACGGUAAGAUGACGUCGAAUAGAACUUGGAAAUAAAUAAAUUAAUUAUUUAGGUAA